UUGUGCCUUCACCUGCGAUACAGUCGAAAAAUAAGCAAAGACAAGAUGUUGAGCAAGUUUUUUCCUCGUAUCAAAGCCCUGCCAUUGACGGAGAAGCCUCGGUCCCGCGAUGCAUUUGUCUACUUGGAUCAAUUUCAAAAGGUUUUAGGCUGGACCGCACCCGACGAUAAAAAGUGGAGAAUCCAUUAUAUGGUUUAUGCGAUUAUUCUGAAUUUGGUGUUCAUGCUCAUCCUACCGAUCUCGUUGCUGAUGCCAUACAUUCAGAUGUUCAAGAGCUUCACGGCGGGAGAGUUUCUCAGCUCCCUCGAGAUCACGGUGAAUAUGUACGGAUGCGUUCUGAAGUCCCUCUUCAUCAUUUGGGGAUACAAGGGAUUUCAGGCAUCCAAUAAGGUGCUGGAUCAACUGGACCUGCGCUGCACCAGCGAUGAGGAACGCUCCAGUGUGCACCGCUGCGUGGCCCAUGGCAACAUGUGCUACGUUGUCUUUUUCAUUGUUUACUUCGGAUAUGUUACGGUCAAUUUUACGGGUUACAUCCUGAUGGGCAGGCACGCCUGGUUGAUGUACCUCCCUGGACUGGACGAGGAGAAGAACUUUUUUAUUUCCAGCGUGUGUGAGGUUAUGCUGAUGAGUGGGGGUGUCCUCAUGGAUCAGUGUACGGAUGUCUCUGCUCUGAGCCACAUGCUGAUGGCUCGCUGUCACAUCCUUCUGCUCAGGGACCGACUGACUAAACUGCGCACGGAUCCCACUAAAACUGAGGAGGAACACCAUGAUGAUCUGAGGAAAUGCAUCCAGGACCACUGCUUGAUUUUGGACUAUUUCAAUGCUUUGCGGCCCAUCUACUCGGGCACCAUCUUCGUGCAGUUCCUCCUGAUUGGCAUAGUUCUGGGUCUGUCCAUGAUCAACGUCAUGUUUUUUACAACCUUCUGGACGGGCCUCGGCACCGUGUGCUUCAUGGUCUGUGUAUUGCUGGAAACAUUUCCUGUUUGCUACCUUUGCAACAUGAUCAUCGAUGAUUGCCAGGACCUCUCCGAUAGUUUGUUUCAAUCGAAUUGGACGGCAGCCAGUCGCCAAUACAAGUCCACAUUGGUCUACUUUCUGCAUAAUCUUCAACAGCCAAUUAUACUGACAGCAGGUGGAGUGUUUCCCAUCUGCAUGCAGACGAAUCUAUCGAUGGUAAAGCUGGCUUUUUCUGUGGUCACCAUAAUAAAACAAUUCAAUUUGGCAGAUAAGUUUCAUCUAAUCCAAGCUGCAUGCAAAAUCCUGCAGAGUUCAAUAACGACUAAAGACAAGAUGUUGAGCAAGUUUUUUCUGCGCAUCAAAGUCCUGCCAUUGACUGAGAAGACUCGGUCCAGCGAUGCCUUUAUCUACUUGGAUCGAUCUCAAAAACUGUUCGGCUGGACAGCGCCCGACGAUGCCCAAUGGAGAGUUCCCUAUAUUAUGUGGGGAAUUUUCCUGAAUUUGCUGCUAAUCUUUCUCCUACCCAUCUCGAUGUUGAUAUCGUAUAUUCAGAUGUUCAAUAGCUUCACGGCGGGAGAGUUUCUUAGCUCCCUCGAGAUCACGGUGAAUAUGUACGGAUGUGUUCUGAAGUCCCUCUUCAUCAUUUGGGGAUACAAGGGAUUUCUGGCAGCCAGACAGGUGCUGGACCACCUGGAUCUGCGCUGCACCAGCGCUGAGGAACGCUCCAGUGUGCACCGCUGCGUGGCCCAGGGCAACAUGUGUUACGUUCUCUUUCAGAUUGCUUACUCAGGAUUUGUUGUCGUUAAUUGGACAGGAUAUGUUCUGAUGGGCAGGCACGCCUGGUUGAUGUACCUCCCGGGGUUGGAUGCGGAGCGGAACUUUUUUUUAUCCAGCGUUUGCGAGAUGUUGCUGAUGGGUUCCUGUGUCACCAUGGAUCAGUGUACGGAUGUCUCUGCUCUGACCCACAUGCUGAUGGCUCGCUGUCACAUCCUUCUGCUCAGGGACCGACUGACUAAACUGCGCACGGAUCCCACUAAAACUGAGGAGGAACACCAUGAUGAUCUGAGGAAAUGCAUCCAGGACCACUGCUUGAUUUUGGACUAUUUCAAUGCUUUGCGGCCCAUCUACUCGGGCACCAUCUUCGUGCAGUUCCUCCUGAUUGGCAUAGUUCUGGGUCUGUCCAUGAUCAACGUCAUGUUUUUUACAACCUUCUGGACGGGCCUCGGCACCGUGUGCUUCAUGGUCUGUGUAUUGCUGGAAACAUUUCCUGUUUGCUACCUUUGCAACAUGAUCAUCGAUGAUUGCCAGGACCUCUCCGAUAGUUUGUUUCAAUCGAAUUGGACGGCAGCCAGUCGCCAAUACAAGUCCACAUUGGUCUACUUUCUGCAUAAUCUUCAACAGCCAAUUAUACUGACAGCAGGUGGAGUGUUUCCCAUCUGCAUGCAGACGAAUCUAUCGAUGGUGAAGCUUGCUUUUUCGGUUGUCACUAUAAUAAAACAAUUCAAUCUGGCGGAUAAGUUUCAGUAA